GGGGGGAGAGUCUUUAAAAAAAUUAAAAGAAAAAGAAAUCCCAAGUCGUGUCCCCGACGUCUCAGCGGCCGCCCCACAUUCCUGGCAUUCCUGCGCCGUGACUCCCCGCACCGCGCCGCCCCAGCCCCGGCCCCGGCCCCGGCCCCGCCGCCUCCGGCUCGCCCCCGCGGGCCGCCCGUCCCCGCCCUGCCGCCUGCCUCCUUCCCUCCUUCCCUGCCUCCUUCCCUGCCUCCCUGCCCGCCUCCCUCCGUCCCGCACCCCGCGGGCGGCAGCAGGAGCUCCGGGCGCCGCCGCCGCCCCGCCGAACUUCCCCGCCGUGGCCGGGCCGGGGCGGCGGGAGCGGCUUCUCCCUGCCCAGCGCCCCGGGGAGCGGCCCCGCCGCUGCUCCCCGCCCGCAGCCGCGGAGCCGGAGCCGCCCAGCAGGAAUCCUGUGGAGCCCGCCCUGGGAAUGGGCAUCCACCUCCACUUCUGGAGGAGAGUAACGCCAAUUGAAGAAGCCUUCAAGGCGAGCCAACGAGUGUGCUGAUACUCUCAGAAGAGCGAAGGGAAGGGACGACCUUCCAGGCCAACAGCCAUGCCUUUCGGGCUGAAACUACGACGGACCAGACGCUACAACGUCUUGAGCAAGAACUGCUUUGUGACACGGAUCCGUCUGCUGGACAACAAUGUCAUCGAGUGCACCCUCUCUGUGGAGAGCACGGGGCAGGAGUGCUUGGAAGCUGUUGCUCAGAGGCUGGAAUUACGUGAGACACACUACUUUGGCCUUUGGUUUCUCAGCAAGAGCCAGCAACUCCGCUGGGUUGAACUGGAAAAGCCUCUGAAGAAGCAGCUGGACAAAUUUGCCAAUGAGCCUUUGCUUUUCUUUGGGGUAAUGUUCUACGUGCCCAGUGUUUCCAGACUGCAGCAGGAGGUAACAAGAUACCAAUAUUACCUACAAGUGAAAAAGGAUAUUCUUGAUGGCCGACUGCGUUCUUCAUUGGAGCAGGGAAUUCGACUAGCUGGUUUAGCAGUGCAAGCGGAUUUUGGAGACUAUAAUCAGUUUGAAUCUCAUGACUUCCUCCGAGAAUAUGUCUUGUUUCCUAUGGACUGGACCCAAGAUGAAGCUGUCUUGGAAGAGUUGACACAAAAGGUUGCACAGGAACACCGAACUCACAGUGGCAUUACAGCGGCAGAGGCUGAGUUAAUGUACAUCAAUGAAGUGGAACGCCUUGAUGGAUUUGGACAGGAGACUUUCCCUGUGAAGGAUAAUCAUGGAAACGACAUACACCUUGGUAUUUUCUUCAUGGGAAUCUUCAUAAAAAACAGAAUUGGAAGGACAACUGUGAUCUAUAGGUGGAAUGACAUUGGGAAUAUUGCACAUAACAAGUCUUCGAUUGUUCUAGAGUUGAUCAACAAAGAAGAGAAUGUGCUUUUUCACACAGAUGAUCUUGAAAAUGCCAAAUAUAUUUCACGGCUAUUUGCAGCAAGACAUAAGUUUUACAAACAGAACAAAAUCUGCACAGAACAAUCAAAUUCUCCUCCCCCUAUCCGACGACGGCCCACUUGGAGUAGAUCAUCUUUGCCAAGGCAACAUCCAUUUAUACUGCCUCCUAUGCAUGUCCAGUGUGGAGAACACUACACGGAAACACAUAAUUCACAAGACAGCAUUUUCCAUGGAAAUGAAGAAACUUUCUACUGUAGGUCUCAGACCAGCUUGGACAGGUGUCCAGUGGACUUCAGCUACUUGAAUGGUAAUGGACCCAAUGGGAGUGUAUGCAGUGCGCACAGCAUGAACUCCCUCAAUCGCUCACAGAACUUCAUCCAGGCGUCCCCAAUGUCCUCAAAUCUGAGCAUCCCUGGAAGUGACAUCAUGAGAGCAGACUACAUCCCCAGCCACAGACAUAGUGCAAUCAUAGUGCCAUCCUACAGGCCAACUCCGGAUUACGAAACUGUCAUGAGGCAAAUGAAGAGGGGGGUGAUCCAGAUGGAUAGCCAAAGUCAGUCUUUGAGAAAUCUCAACAUUGGAAACACACAUGCUUACAACCAGCCAGAAGACCUAGUUUACAGUCAGCCUGAGAUUCGAGAGAGGCAUCCUUACACAGUUACUUACGGGCCCCAGGGUGGAGGCUAUAACAAGCCUGUCGCCCCGUCUGACCAAAUGACCCCUAAUAACGCUGUGCAAAAUAAAACAGCAGCCAGUGCCAUAUCACACACGGUCAGCACGCCAGAACUGGCUAACAUGCAGCUACAGAGCAGCCAGAAUUACAACACUGCUCAUAUGUUAAAGAAUUAUCUCUUCAGGCCCCCGCCUCCCUACCCGCGCCCACGUCCCGCCACUAGUACACCUGACCUGGCAAGCCACCGGCACAAGUACGUCAGCGGGAGCAGUCCCGACCUGGUCACACGCAAAGUCCAGCUCUCAGUGAAGACUUUCCAAGAGGACAGCUCGCCAGUUGUCCGGCAGUCACUGCAGGAGGUCAGCGAGCCCCUCAUGGCGGUGAAGCAUCACGCAGCUGUGAACAAGCGCCACAGCUUGGAGGUCAUCAGCAAUAUGGUACGUGGUAUAGAAGCCAUGGCACUAAAAACUUUAAAUGCCCCUCUGCCGCGCAGGAACACUUUGCGGGAGCAGGUGCAGCCUGAAGAGUCGGUGCAGAUGGGGCACGAAGUUCAGCAGGUUCCUCAUUACCAUCACAAAAAGACAUUCUCUGAUGCCACGAUGCUGAUACACAGCAGCGAAAGCGAAGAGGAAGAAGAAACCACAGAAUCUGUGUCACAGAUAACAGCCCUCCAUGAGAACAUGGAGUACAGUGCUCAGCUGCAAGCUGCCUUGGCUAGAAUACCAAACAAACCUCCUCCAGAAUACCCUGGGCCUCGUAAAAGUGUCAGCAAUGGAGCCCUGAGGCAGGACCAUGUUAGCAUUUCUGUGGCCGUAGCCAGGGCCAAGGCCAUGAGGCCAGGGCCUUCCAAGGCCAUUAGUGUGUCUCGGACUGAUCAAGUGGCAAUAAAUGGGUCUUCGCUUGGGCCCUCUAUUUCAGAGCCUGACCUCACGAGUGUGAAGGAGAGGGUCAAGAAAGAACCUGUCAAAGAAAGGCCUGUGUCUGAAAUGUUUUCUAUUGAGGACAGCAUUAUAGAGAGAGAAAUCAUGAUGAGGAAUCUAGAAAAGCAGAAGAUGGCAGGCCUGGAGGCCCAGAAGAGGCCCUUGAUGUUGGCAGCACUGAACGGACUCUCAGUUGCUAGGGUUCCAGUGCCGGAGGAUAGCCAGGAUGAAGCAUCCAAGAUGCCAAUGGACGAGAGGUGCAAGAACCUGAAGAGGAAGCUGGAAGAGGGGAUGGUGUUUACAGAAUAUGAGCAGAUUCCAAAGAAGAAGGCAGACGGGAUCUUCACCACUGCUGCCUUGCCUGAAAACACGGAGCGCAACCGCAUCAGGGAGGUCGUCCCUUAUGAGGAGAACCGAGUAGAGCUGGUGCCAACCAAAGAAAAUAACACAGGCUACAUCAAUGCUUCACACAUAAAGGUUACUGUAGGUGGAGAAGAGUGGCACUACAUUGCUACCCAAGGACCUCUGCCACACACGUGCCAUGACUUCUGGCAGAUGGUGUGGGAACAGGGGGUGAAUGUUAUAGCCAUGGUCACAGCUGAAGAGGAGGGAGGAAGAAGUAAGAGUCAUCGUUACUGGCCUAAACUGGGCUCUAAGCACAGCUCAGCCACUUACGGGAAGUUCAAGGUGACAACUAAGUUCCGCACAGACUCCGGCUGCUACGCGACCACUGGUCUGAAGGUCAAGCAUCUUCUCUCUGGGCAGGAGAGGACAGUGUGGCAUUUGCAGUAUACUGACUGGCCAGACCAUGGUUGUCCAGAAGAAGUCCAAGGGUUUUUAUCUUACUUGGAGGAGAUACAGUCGGUGCGUCGCCAUACCAACAGCGUGCUGGACAGCAGCAACAACUGCAACCCUCCCAUCGUGGUUCACUGCAGCGCGGGGGUGGGAAGGACCGGUGUGGUUAUCCUAACAGAACUGAUGAUCGGGUGCUUGGAGCACAAUGAAAAAGUGGACGUCCCUGUGAUGCUGAGACACCUGCGGGAGCAGAGAAUGUUUAUGAUCCAGACCAUAGCCCAGUACAAAUUUGUCUAUCAAGUGCUCAUCCAGUUCCUGCAAAACUCCAGACUUAUUUAAUCUCUUUAAACAUCCCAGACCCAUCUCUGUGGAUCUGACUGAACCAUACCUACGAACAAGGGGAACUGCCUUGACAACACUGUGUGCAUCUAUUGCACUUUUUAAAGUUGUCUUGAAAGUAAGGAAUGUAUGUUCUUUACUAUAGUGUCCCGUGGAUUAUUUUAUAGAAGAUAUAAUUUAUUUUUCUUAGAAUAAUUUGUGAAUUACUUUAAUAACUUGUAAAACUUAUAGUGAGCUUUGAAUUGAACUAUAUUUGACAUGACUGGUCUGCAUUGUAACAUGUCCAUAGGGAAAGCAAUCCUUCAUAAAGCUGAAACACUGGCUUUUAUUUUACUACAUAGUUUCUGAAAUGAACAGUUAUUUGGCAGUGGGCUUUUUCUCACAUGAGAACAUUCUGACCCAGAUAAGUGGCUUCUACGAUUUAAAAAAAAAAAUAAUAAUUGCUAGGAUGUCAGCUACAGUUCUGUAUGAGAGGAAGCUGAGAACGCACAGUCCUGGGACAGGGAGACCUGAGCAUAUGCAGCAGGGCACAUUAUAGAGGGCUCAAACACAGGCUGUUGUGAAGGCAGAGAGUUUGGGUGCUAAACUGUUCAAAUUCCAUGAGAAUUAAGCUUUUAGAUUAGUCCUUGAAAAAAGCAAUAUUGGAUCUUUUAAACAAAGCCUUUGCUAUUGUCUGCAGUCCUUGGAGGGAUUCUUAAGAGUUGAAGCAGUGUUAGAAAAGUGACCCAGAGCACUGUGUGGUCAGUGAAUGAGUCUUUCCUGUGGGUUGAACAGCAGAGCAAUUUCAACUAAAUGCAGCUUAAAAAAAAAAAAAAGAAUUUUAAAAAUUAAAUGAAGCAUCUCCUCAUGAACUGCACAGGAAGUUUUAUUUCCUAGAGGCUAACCUUGUGUAGGGUAGAACAGGAACCCCAUACAAGUUGGACGUCUCCUGUCACCUGUCUUAGUUUCCUGUGUCUUCACUGCUGUAGUCAUUUUAUUUUCUGGUUCUUUGAACUUAGCCAAAAUGAUCAGUGUGGUCUUUACUCUGUAGCUGCGUUCUCCUAGCAGUGAUCCGUGAGGGCUUUAGCUUACAGCCUUUCUUGAUUCUUCCCCCAUCACUGUCUUGUGGUUUAUGAGCAUACCAAGCAGUCUUCCUUUUGGUAUUGGCAGCCCUCGCUUUGUUAGGGUGUUCUCUGUAUUAAAUUGCACAUACCAGCUCUCUUAGGCUGCUGUUUCCAUGUCUGGUCACUUUGGGUUCUCCCUCCUAUUUAUUAUAACUGUUUUAUUCUGGCAGUUUUCAGGGAUUCCAGUUAGGAUUAGAAAUCUGUUCUGCCAGACGCUGUAUAAAUACAUAAUGGAGAAACAGUCCUUGCCUGACGUUUACAAUCGGAACAGAAAAGGGAAACAAACCUCCUCCACUUCGUAACGGGAUUAACAGAUUCUUAAGUGGUUUGCCUUAGUCCAAAAAUGAAAUCUGUGGCAGAGCUAAGAACAAGCCCAUGUGUCCUGCAAGUAUUUCAGCAGUUGGACCUGUCCUCCACACUCUCUUUUUCUGUCCCUCAGUGUUGACCAGAGGCUUUUGCAGAACUUUGUGCACAUCCCUUUCUCUAGGCUUUAUUUCAUUGGAGCAAAUCACACGAUGAACUACCUUGCAGCGUAUGCAUGGUAGCAUUCACUUACAGUUAUUUAGAAGUCAUAGAAACUGUAUUUAGUGUUGGUUUUUUUUGUUUGUUUGUUUUUGGAAAAAGCUUUAGCAAGUAGUGCUGGGGUUCCCACACUGUUGUUCCCGCUCUGAACCCCUGGCUGCCUGUCCUUAUCUGUUCACUCCUCAUUUCAGUCUCCUGCACCCAGGAUCGCUCUUCUUUUCCAGAACCCCCACACCUUCCAUGCAUGCUUCAUCCUCCUCUGCCUGGGGUUUUGCAUCCCCUUAAUUCCCCCCUCUGGUUGCUUGGUGCCCUGUCUUCGUAUCAUCCUACAGCUUGGACAGAUAAACAAGCUGGUGUCCUGGUUUUGUCUCCCAACUUCCUACUGCGUUUCUCCUUCCUGGAUGAGUCUUCCUGUCUUCUGAGGAUACAGCUGCUAUGUGGUGGCAUUGUGUGAACUGCAGUUAUCUGCCUUUCUGCAAAGAUCAGCUGCAGCAGCAGGUGGGACAGGUCAAGCCAAGUAUUGUUGAAGGCCAUGGGACAGCACUUCCCAGCUCCCAUAUCAGUCAGGUGUGUCCUAAAACCUGCUGUGGAAACGCAGGCUGCAAUUUGGAAAGACUGCAGUGCAUUUUCUCUUUACGAUAGUCAGAAUCACUCUGCACGUUUGUGGGCAUCUCACACUGAAGCUUUUCUAUAAUUUCCCUCCUGUUUGGCAACAAAAUACCAUUUUUUUCUUGUUCUAAAUGCAUGUGACCAAGCCAUAAGUAGCUUUAAGUUGGUACAAAGGCCUACCCUAAUGAGCACUCUCUAUUUAGGGAUCACUAAAGGGACCCACACAUCUACCUUUCUGUAAAAGCAGGAGCUUAAUCUAAGGCCAUGUUCCAGAGAGCUUCCUAAAUUCAUGUAAAAGCCCACUGUGAGUGUUUUGGUGCCAUGCAAUAGGGAUGUAACGAUGGGAUGAGAGUCCUGGUGGAGACUUCCAGCAACUAACACAUGGUUAAGAGUUAUUGAGCUGUAAUAUCUCAACCAUGUUUCCUCUUAGGGAUUAGUCGAGUUUUCAGUCAACUUCAGUUUUCCUCUGUUUCCUUCUGCCAAUGCCAACAUAUCUCUUGUUAAAUUAGCAGCAACCAUUUAAAGUCUUUUCAGCAGCAUCUGCAUGAUAAUUGCACAGAGAUGCUUUAUAUCUGGGAAACAAGCCAAGGAAUAAACCUUGAAGCGAAGUGUAUUAAAUUAGUUAUCUCGUUAUAGCUUUUUGAAUAAUUUCCUAAUGAUGAAUUAAGUUUGAACUCAGAGCUGUCAAGUCCCAUUGCUCCACUUGGAUUUGAGAGGUAGAAAAUCAGGAGGGGAAAUAAUCUGUUCCUGUGUCUUGUUAUUCAGCUGCUCUUGGCUGAAGCGCAUCCUGCUGCUCCCGCAGUCGGGACAGCAAAGUUACUUCAUAAAAGAAUGUAAAUAGCUGUGUUUAAAAGGAAAAUUAAGCAAGCACCUUCUAUGCAAAGAUACAUCACGGGUGUCUUAGAAAAAUAUUAAUUACGAAAUGGCACUGAAAAUCCUUUCCAAAUUAAGUCAGUGCCCAUUAAUGAGCCAAAUGAGUGGCCACCUAAUAAACAGUCAUUUCCAAUUAACUCGUAACGUGGCUGGUGUGGUAGAUAGAGGCCAACGUGACUCACUUUUUCCCUUUCAUUGUCAAAGAAUGGUAAUUUUAAACUUUUCCUUUCAUCUCACUUCAGUGUAUUUUUUCCUGCUAGAUUUUAUCUUGAGUAGAUCUGCUAAUAUCCUGCGUGAAUUGGGCUGGAGCAUAUCUUCGGAGAUUCCCUUCCACCCCAGCUCGCAGCCGAACCUCAGCAUGCCAAUGGGUUGUGAUUGAAAUGUGAUCCACUUCUGUAGGGGAAAAUCUGAACCUCCCGACUUUGAACCCGUUGUAGCUUUAUCAGUCCUAAACCGCUUGGGCAGCAUUUCCUAACCUUUUAGGGAGUGACAGGAAAAUGCAUAUUGUAUCCAAUUUCGUUAGUCAGAGCAGGAACGAAUGCGUGAGGCUUAAAGCAACAGUACUGUUGGCCCACAGACUGGACAGAGGGGUCCUGCAGCAGGAGACAUUUUGAGUUUCUGUUGGUUCCAUACUUCUUCGCCUCAAAGCAUGACCUGACCGUGGGUAGGUUACAAAAGAACAGUCUCAUCGGUUUUGAGUGGUUUGGAUUGAAAAUCUUGCCAAAAAAUGUGUCAGUUUCCAAAAAAAAAAAAAAAAAAAAAAAAAGAGAGAGAGAGCUGGAAAUGGCCAGUCUUCUCCAGGGUUCCCAUGCUGCAGUCUGGCGAGCUCAGCCUACACUCCCCGACUUAUUUUCUAAGAACGAAGUUAGAGUGGAUGAGUAAGUGUGACUUGGGAAUUCAUUGCGUGUAUUUUCCCUUUCAUGUACUUAAUCUGUGUUUAGUUUUGCAAUUUGACAGCUUUUUUCCCUUAGACCUUUAACAAUGGUGGUAUUGAGGUUGCUGGCAUCAAAUCCUUCUUUAAAGUUAUGGUCAGAGCAUUUCAUGCCUAACAAUACCUGGAUCAAGGAUGGGAGAGAUGAUGGCUGAAUUCUGUUGCUACUCCCCAAGUCGGCUCAGGGCUGCAGAGCUCCUCUUCCUGUCCUCUAUGGGCUGCACAAAGGAUGGUGGAGCUCAGCCUACAUUGGCAUCUCUGAUCCUUGCUCAGCUGAGGUAAGAUGAGGUUUGAUCCCACAAACCUUCUCCUACUAUAGAGGUGUAUAGGGACUCCAAAUGCUCAGCCCUAUUGGAAAUAGCUUUUCCCUAAACUACUAAACUAGUGUUUCAGGUGAAGAGACACACCUGUGAGAAUUUAUUCUACUUAUUGCUAAUGCAGUCCUUUAUAAGAAGUAUAUUGAAGGACACUUGUUCCGUUUAUUUAAAUCACUUGCCUCAAUUGCAAAUAUUAAAUAUUUGCAUGAUUUCAAGAGCUUUUUUUAAUUACUUCUUUCUUGUAAACAGACAAAUGCAAAUAGAAAACCAUAGGUUGGAAAGGAAUGAGCAAGUGUCUCUGCUUCUAAUAGAGAAGGUUAUUUUAAGCCAAUACAUUAUUUUUCAUCCAACACUUGCUGUCGCUGUAGCCCAAAAGUGACCCUCAGGUAAAUGCUGACAGGCAGUCUCUCACCUGGGUAUAGCGCAGACAUCUGUGGGGGGAGAUGCAGCAGCUACAGACCGUACUGCGUUCACCACAGCUGACUUCCCAGCUCCCUCCUGGGAUGAGAUGAUGACUGAAUUAGCUGUCGUCAGUCUUGCUAACCAUUUGUGAGCUGCACGCUCAAAAAGCAGGAGCAUGAGCUUGGCUGAUACCUCAUGUAGCAGCUCUUGUACCUCACUGCGAGAGGUUAGAUUUUGCUGCUUGUCUUUAUGGAAAAGAAUGCUUCACACCCAGAAGUCCUGGGUGGUACACAUCUCGUGAAAUAAGAUGUGUCCCCCAGGCUUGCAAGGACUGUGCUUUGAGGAAGGGACAGCUGCUUGCUUGGGCUGUGGGGCCAACAAGAGGAGAUGCUUGUGAAACAAAACACUACUGUACAGCUCAAAAAUAGCAGUGUUUAUAUAAAUAUUUAAAAGUAAAUAGAUUUUUGUCAGUGUAAGAUGAUCUAAAAACAGUGAAAUUUGCUUGGUUCUUCCCAGCCAUUUUUCAGUUGACUUUUUUUUCAGCGUUAAUGUUUUGUUGCUUGUGCUUUGUGCCUUCACUGAGCGCUCCCUGCUGCACCAGCAGGACCUGGCCUCAGGAGAGUGAUCGCUGGUGGGACAGCAGCUCUCCCUGAAGAAGCCCAGCACUAGUUAGUGGUAAUGAGAAGCCUAAUGUUUGAGCAGAUCCCUGAACUGAAUGCAGUGCUUCGUAGCUUUACUUUUCCAGAUCACCUGCAUCAGGACUCAGUGUCUUGGUCUGAGCCUUUUCACACAGAUGCUUCGGUGGCAGCAUUCCCUAUCAGGCAGGCAAGACGAAAUGAGGACGGCUUCCUACAAAACACUUCCGUGGCAGGUUUGUAAUUGGCACUUAAGGAAGAAAGAUAAAUGAAUGUAGCAUAGGGUGUUUAGUCCCUCCAGGGCACCUGGCCAUUAGUGAUUUAGGGGCUUCCCCAGGUUAAAGCUAUAUCCCUCUUACCGUGUUUAAUAAUUACUGAUGAAUUCAUCUUCAAUGAAUUGAAUUUUUUUUUUAAGUGCAUUUAUUCCUCUGGCCUUCACAACGUCCUGUGUUGGGGAGUUCCACAGCUUAGUAAUCCAUAAAUAUGUAAGAACUUCCUUCUCAUGUAUGUUAACUAGAAGUAUUUUCUUGCUGCUACUCAGAAUCUUUAAAAGAAACCAACUCUUCAGAGCCAGAAACAUCAUUAAUAGCUUGUUAAUUGUUUACCCUGUUGAGAUUGCUCCAUAUGGAAAACAUGUUUUCCUCAUUAGUAAAAUACCUUCUUGGGAUAUUUUACAAAGGAAAAAGAGUUUACACAUGCAGAUGACUGUAAUAUUCCCAUAUAUAAUUGUGUGGGACAUGUUAAAUGAAAUAACAUGUUUAAGUUUUAUGUCACUGGAUUUUACUGUCCUGUUUUACUUUCAGUAUUUUGAUGCUUCUGUUGUAUUUUGUUCUUUAAUUCUGUACAUGACAAUUAAGCGUGAACAGUGAUCUAAAUCUCACAGCCUCACUGUAUGUACACAUUUUGUAGAGAAAUGGGACAUCCGUUGCAUGCCCUUCCUGUCCCCCCCAUCCCUCUUGUUAGGGCUGAAUGGCAGAACUAUGCUAUGCUAUUGAAAGCCUUUAAAAAAAAAAUCUAUGCAUGCUAUUUUAUAUUCUAAUGUAUUAUUCAUAUCAGUACAUAAGCUUAUGCUUGUCAGUUUUAUCUUGUGUAUAGAACUGAUUACUUUUGACAGUAUUUUUGCACUGUUUCUUUUCUUUCUCUUUUUAUAAAGUUCUAUUCAGCAUUAAUUGACUGCAAUAAUUUUUUUUACCCUUCACUGCCUUUAUGUAAAUAGUUUCUUAUAUGCCUUUUCAAAUAUGAAAAUGUCUUCCAUCACUAAGGUUUUUUGGUAAGGCUGUCCUUCAUAUUCACAGUAUACAAUAAACCUCUUUUUUUUUUU